CGGGGCGCUAUGAGCCAUGAAGCCGCCCGGCAGCAACUCCCUGCGGCAGCCUGGCUGCGGCGGCCGCCGCCGCCCCGCGCUCCUGCCGCUCCUCGGCCGCCUCGUCUCGCUGCUCCUGCUCCUCCAUGGCUCCUGUGUCCCCCGGGCCCGCGCGGCUGCAGCCGCCGGCCUGCACUGGAAUGAAACAGCAAGCAGUAUAGAGGAAGUGCUGGCAGAUGAAGAGAGUACAUUUCAACAGAGUAACAGCAGUAACAGUAAAAAUAACAGCUACAGCAAUGCAAUCCAGAAAGAAAUCACACUGCCUUCAAGACUAAUCUAUUACAUCAACAGAGACUCUGAGACCCCUUACCAUAUCCUGGAUACCAGGGCAAGGCACCAGCAGAAACAUGACAAGGCUGUACAUCUGGCCCAGGCGAGUUUCCAGAUUGAGGCCUUUGGCUCUAAAUUCAUCCUUGACCUCACACUGAAUAAUGAUUUGUUAUCUUCCAAUUAUGUGGAGAUCCACUAUGAAGAUGGAAAACCAAAAUUUUCAAAGGGAGGAGAGCAUUGUUACUACCAUGGAAAUAUCAGAGGUGUGAAGGAUUCCAAAGUUGCUCUUUCAACUUGUAAUGGACUUCAUGGCAUGUUUGAAGACAGUACUUAUUUGUACUUAAUAGAACCAAUGGAUCUGACCCACACUGCAGAAAGUAAAAGUAGGCCACAUAUCAUCCAAAGAACUUAUGGAACACAAACCUCCAAGCAGUUGCAGGACCUUGAGACUGACUCUAGUUCUGAAUGGCCUUUUCUGUCUGAGCUGCAGUGGCUGAGAAGAAGGAGAAGAAAGAGAGCAUUAUCUCGUGGUGUCUUUGAAGAAAUGAAAUAUCUGGAACUCAUGAUAGUAAAUGACCAUAAAAUGUUCAAAAGGCACCGUUCUUCAACUGCAUACACAAACAAUUUUGCAAAGUCUGUGGUAAACCUUGUAGAUGCUAUAUACAAGGAGCAGCUGAACACCAGGGUGGUGCUGGUGGCUGUGGAGACGUGGACGGACCGGGACCGCAUUAACAUUCACCCCGACCCCCUGCAGAUGCUGCACGACUUCUCCAAGUACCGGCAGCACUACGUCAAGCAGCACGCCGACGCUGUGCACCUGCUCUCGAAUGUGACAUUUCAUUACAAAAGGAGCAGCUUAAGUUACUUUGGAGGUGUUUGCUCUGUGGCCAGAGGAGUAGGAGUGAAUGAGUAUGGCCUCCCUUUGCCCAUGGCACAGGAACUAGCCCAGAGUCUUGCUCAGAAUCUUGGAAUACAAUGGGAGCCAGCUGCCAGGAAACCGAAGUGUGACUGCACUGAAUCCUGGGGUGGUUGCAUCAUGGAGGAAACAGGGGUAUACCAUUCCAGGAAAUUCUCCAAAUGCAGCAUUGCAGAAUACAAAGAAUUUUUACUUCGUGGGGGCGGUGCCUGUCUUUUUAACAGGCCAACAAAGCUCUUUGAAGCCACCGAGUGUGGAAAUGGAUUUGUAGAAGCAGGAGAAGAAUGUGAUUGUGGUUUCCGAAUGGAAUGCUAUGCAGACUGUUGUAAGAAGUGUUCUCUUUCUAAUGGAGCUCACUGUAGUGAUGGACCCUGCUGUAAUACAUCGUGUCUUUUUUUCCCACGAGGUUAUGACUGUCGAUAUGCAGUGAACGAGUGUGACAUUGCAGAGUUCUGCACUGGGGAUUCUGGACAGUGUCCACCAAAUCUUCAUAAACAAGAUGGGUAUGCCUGUGAUUCUAAUCAGGGUCGUUGCUAUAAUGGUGAAUGCAAGACAAGAGAUAAUCAGUGCAAAUAUAUCUGGGGAUCUAAGUCUUCAGGAUCUGACAAGUUUUGUUAUGAAAAGCUAAAUACAGAAGGCACAACAAAAGGAAACUGUGGAAAGGAUGGAGACCGAUGGAUUCAGUGCAGCAAACAUGAUGUUUUCUGUGGCUUUUUGCUCUGUACUAAUCUUACUAGAGUUCCACGAGUUGGUCAAGUUCAAGGAGAAAUUAUCCCAAAUUCUUUUUAUCAUCAAGGACGCAUAGUGGACUGCAGUGGUGCUCAUGUUCUUUUAGACGAUGAUACGGAUUUAGGUUAUGUGGAGGAUGGAGCUCCAUGUGGACCUCAGAUGAUGUGUCUGGACAAAAAGUGCCUGCCAAUCCAGUCCUUGAACAUAAGCAGCUGUCCCAUUGGUUCCAAUGGAAAAGUCUGUUCUGGUCAUGGGGUUUGUAGCAAUGAAGCCACUUGCAUUUGUAAUUUCUCCUGGGCUGGGACAGACUGCAGCAUUGAUGAUCCUGUCAGGGAUACUGGUGGCAAGAAGGAUGAAGGACCCAAGGAAUCUAUUGGAUGAUGAUGAAGAUUUUGGGGAUAGUCUGAAGUCUGCUGAAGUUUCAGGUGUGUUCUGCUUUAACACCUUGAGUAGGAUUUGUAUCAGAGUCCUGAAAGUUGGCCAGGGAUGGUAGGAUAGCCAUGCUGGGGCAGUGUCCUUGCAGGAGAAGGGGUGUGCCAGGCAGGAAUCUGCAGGAGAUUCCUCCUGACAAAUCUGUGUCUGCAGGUUAUGGCAGUGCUGUGGUGGAAAGAACAAUGUACCCAAGUGUUGCCUCUUGUGAUAGUCUGGAUGGAAAAUGAUCCCACAGUGUGGUGGUUAUUAAGACCUGCCUCUUACUUCUGGUUUGUCAAGCAUCUGAGUUCAGUGACAGAGAGCUUUAUUAAGCUGAACCAUAUGGAUUUUUACUUUUCUUCAUAAACGUCCCUUUACUGGUAGCAAAACUCUGAUUUAUUAAUAAUACAAUUUAUUUGGUAAUGCUUAAUAAAACAUAAGGCAUAGAUCCUUACAGUAAGGUAUAACACAUAAAAGUAAUUUCAUUUUAAGUACUUUUAUGUGCACAGUCUGUCUUAAAAUGACCCAUCAGUGAUCCUCUUAGAUCUCUGUAUUUUGAAACUGGGAUUCAACAGUUAGAGUACUCCAGACUCAUAAAUAAGUGGUUGCUCUUUGGUCGUAUUACCUAUUCUACAGGCUUGAUUUUUUAAAUAUUUAUACUUUUCUAUUACCUGAGCCUAAUUUUUUGGUAUAUUAUCAUCUUCUGUUUAAAUUAAUUGAAUUAUUUAAUAUUUAUAGUAAAUAAAACCAAUACUGAUUUUCUUUAUUUAAAGAAUAAACUGAUGUUUGGUGAUAAGAUGUGCUCUUUGAAAUGGAUACACAUCCCUGGGCAUUAACAGCCAGGGAACAUAGUGAGAAGAGAUAUGUAAAAGUGUUGAUUUGGCACAUCUUUAUCUAAUUUAUGACUAUGUUAUUAUAAAUUAAUCAUUGUACCUCUUUUGUGAGAAGAUGGCAUUCUAUGGCUAGGAAGAAAUUGGCUUUAGAAUUUUUCAAGGCUUAUUUAUUGUAGAUUUUCAAGGCAAAUUUAUUACAGAUAAAUCACUUGCUGUGUUUUCAGUCCUUUGUUCUGUGAGAUCAUUUGAUGAAAUCCAGAGCAAACAGUAGAUCUCAGUCAGAUAUGGUGGCUCAUUAAGCUGCUGUUACAAGCAGGCCUUAAUUGGAACAACAAUGCCUGCAGGAUGGCCCUUAUCCUCCACCAUGCUCAGGCCUGUUAAUUUGAGCCAGGUGUGACUUAAGUCCAAAUAAGAUACAUUCUUCCAAAUUGUGCAGAAUUACCUUUUUUGUAUUUGUCCACUGUUUGUCUCUAAAGCUCAUUAAAUUUUUCUUCAGUCCAACCAUUUUAUUAAUGUUCCUGAAUACUCUAUGUGUAGGAACUGCAGGAAACAAUUUUUUAAACUUGGUUUUCUUUUAGCUAAUCAGAAUGUCCAGAAGCCCUGAGGUGAGAAAGUUGUAGUGGAAGCAAUAAAGUUAGGUGGCUGCAGUAAAUUUUAAAACUUAGGGCAAGUGCUUAUUGCAGUGUGUGGGGUUGGGCAGGAGGUUUUGUAAUAUCGACCUAACAGCUUAAAACUUUCAGUUGUUGCAGCUGCCCUUGCUCUUUCUUUGCUGCUCUCUGGCUGCUCCUCUUUCUUCCUUAUAUUAGCUGUGUGACAGUUUUCCAAACUCAGCUCAGAACAAUUAAUUAGGAAAAUUUCAAUUGCUGUGUAGAAGUGUUGGUUUGGGAAGAGUGGGACAGGGUAAGAGCUAUUUUUGAAGGCUAUUCCUGAAUAUGUAAAUGGUUGAACAAAAAGUGCGUGAUAUUCUGCAGAAGAACUGUUGAAUUGUUUUCAUUUUGCAAUGUUUUACAUCAAAGACUGCAAUGGGAAGUUUUCGUAUAGAGCAAAUGUAACUCAAACCUCUGUCCUGUGUAAACAGAGCACUUAAGGGUCAAUUAUUAAUAUCUUAUUUAGGUGUUCUCUUGCCCUCUUCAGAAAAUUGCACGAACAUAUUUUGUGCUGCUUUUUUUUGUUGCUCUUUUUUCUGCUCCACCCUUCUCCACUUUGUUGUUCAGUAGCUUCUUGAGGAUGAUGAAGAGAUGCUUUGAUGUUUGGAAAGCUUAGUGGAAAUAAACUUUUAUUUCAACUUUCAUUCCCUAUUAGAUAAUCCUUUGCUCUUGUCAAACAAUUGUAUAUUUAGCAUUGACGUAACUGUAGGCUGUCCAGAUUCUGAUAAGUGGUGCCUGGAUGCUCUCAGCUCAAAUUAAAAUAUCUACACCAUGAAAAGAGAGGGCUUUUGGAUUUUUUCUUUCUUUCUCAUUUUCUGUAGUCUUAAAACAUACAGCAUUCAUCCUUUUCCCUGUAAGUUAAGAAGUUAUUCACAACUAUCUUAGUGUCCUCAGCUGACUGUUCAUGAAGCAGAUAAUGGAGUAAGUUACAAUGGAAUUCACUGUCUAAUACUAGGAUUUUAUCAAUGGUAGAAGUCAGCAUAGCGCAAUGCAGAGACCAACAGCUUUGUUUGUUCCUAUUGUUAAAGAAAAGUAAGUUAAGUUGGGCUUGUUGAGACUGUCUAGAGGCAUCACCUUGUGUGCUGUCCAUAUUCCCUGAAUUGUUUGACUACCCUUCAGAUGCUUCACGAAAUGUGAAUGAAGUCGUUGGUUCUUAUGUUGUCUUACCCUAAUCCUUUA